AUGUGCUCUGUUCAUGUGUUGUUGGGUGUCUCAGUUUCUCCCGUCAUGCAUCAUGGAUCAUACGUGAUUAACACCACAUAUGACGCAAAUUCAUCGCCCAGCAUCUUCCACUUUACCGUUAUGCCCUUCUCUUCUGCCCAACCAAAGGUUGAAAAGUACCCACGUCAGAAGGAAUUUUAUACGAGAUUCAUGGAAGACAAGAAGAGAAAAGGAAAAGACGAGAAGAGGGAAGAUGAGAUAGAAGCAGCAGCAGAAGAAGAAGAAAUGAAGAUGGAAAUGUUUUACGCGCUUUUGCGAAGGUUCCGAGACGCGCGCGAUCGGAGACGAAAGGAGUUGGAGGAAUUAGAGAAGAGUGAGAAGAGGAGGAAAGUGGGGACAGAGCAACACUGUGGUUGGGUGCCAUCGUUCGAGUGGGAAGAUUUCACAAACGAAGUUGAAUUCCGAGGACAACCUUUGUGUUUCACAACGCCACCUCCAAGUACUGCAUCUCCUUCGCCACGUGCCACUCACAAACAACGUAAUAACGACCAACGCCAUCACUCUCUGGAUCUCAACCUCGCUCUCUAG